AUGCCCUGCUUCCAGUGGCUCAAAGAGCUGGUACCGUGUGUGCCUCGCCGGCGUGAGCCGGCCGUGAACCGCUGGCUCCUCAUUACGGGGUGCGACAGCGGCUUCGGCCACUUGCUGGUGUCGCAGGCUCUGGGCACCGGAUUCAACGUCGUGGCUGCCUGCUACACCAGAGAGGGCAGUGAGGCUCUCGACCGUCGCUAUUCCAGCAAUGCCGGCAGUCCGGCUGCUAAAGACAGCGAAUCCAUUGCGAAUCAAGACCAGGAGGCCUUGAUCAACAAGGACCAGAAGACGGGCAGCUUCGUCUCCGUGGUGGGUGAUCUGACCACGGCCCAGGGGAUUUCGGCGGUUGUCGCUGCUGUUCAGGGUGCCGUGAAGGAGCAUCAGCAGUUUUGGGCCAUCGUCAACAAUGCCGGCAUUUGCUUACCAGGCAAUGUGGACUGGGCAGAGCCCGUGACGUACGAGAAAACCUUCGCCGUCAACUUCUUUGCCCCAGUGAAGUUGACAUACGAGCUGCUGCCGCUACUGCUGAGGAGCAAGGGGCGGGUGGUGAAUGUCACAUCGGUAGAUGGCUUCAUUGCGCUGCCGAGCAAUGCUGCCUACAACGCUUCCAAGCAUGCCCUGGAAGCCUACAGCGACACCUUGCGCUGCGAGAUGCGUCCCUGGGGUAUCAAGGUCGUCGUUGUGGAGCCGAGCACCAUGAGGACUCCGCUUGUCCUCGCCUAUGCAGACUCUUGGCUGGCGAGCUUCAAGGCCGCCUCUCCAGAGCGGCGCGAGAAGUAUGGGGACGAGUGGGCCCAGGAGUUCGCCGAGCGAACCAAGAAGAACCUCAGUGGCCCCGUGGCGGACGACCCACAGAUCACCGUCGACGCUCUGCUCGAGGCGCUUCUGCUGCCCGAUCCGCCGACCCGGAUGACCACCGGCGCGGCCGCCAAAAUCCUCUGGAAGCCGCUGUCGAUGCUGCCGGACAAGAUGAGGGAUGCCGUGCUGUACAAGUUGACUUGGAGUGGGCCCUCGCCCAUUGGACUGUCCUGA